GCGGUCGCCAUGACGGAAACCAAACAACAGAAUUGCAAUAUUAUUGAAAAUGGCCAUUCCAUUACAUCGAUUGAGAAGAACCGCAAGGACGAAAAUGAGUCCUCGGAGGGACCCACCGUAACCUUACCGAAUUCGGUUUUAAAUAAAUUAUUUACAACAUUUUAUGUCAAUCAAAGGCGUGAAGCUUUAAAAUGGUUCCUUUCGGCAUAUUUAUGCUUUAGUGUUUAUACGAUUGGUAUUCCAGCUGAUCAAAUUAUACAGAAUAGAGUUUGUUAUAUUAUACUGGAUCUAAUAGCCAUAUGCAGUUGGCUGACAAUGUUUAUGGCCAGCCGUUAUGAACGGGCCAAAUCGAAAAAGCCCCUGCACAUUGCCAUGCUAAUAGACAGUGCACCGAUUAUAGUAUUUAUCUGCUUUGUAAUACAUUUUAUAAUCUAUUGUGUUAACCAACAAAAGACCAUAUCGCCCAGGGAGCUGCUGGGCUGGUCGAUAUUAUUUAAUUUUUUGGUACCCGUUAGCAUACCGGUAGUUCCUUAUAUGGGCUGUUGUAUGUGUUUUGUAACAUUUUUUGGUUACUACAUUGUAAUCUACUUGACAUCACGUGAUGAUCCCAUGUUCAAUGAAAUGCUAAUGGCGAAUAUGGUUUUAGUUUCGUCAGCAUUGAUAAUUGGUUUAAUUUACUAUGACAUGAAUGCCGCCAAACAGAAGCGAGCCUUUUUGGAGGCCAAAAAGAGCUUAGAAGUAAAGAUGAUCAUCGAAGAGGAAUCGUCCGAACAGGAACGUCUGCUGUUAUCCGUUUUGCCAAAACACGUGGCCGAAAAAAUGCGUCAAGAUUUGGGUUCGGCAAGUUCGGAACCAUUUAAAAAAAUCUAUAUGAGUCGUCAUGAGAAUGUGAGUAUAUUAUACGCUGACAUUGUUGGCUUCACUGCCAUAUCAUCGACAUACAGCGCCCAGGAUUUGGUGAAAAUGUUAAAUGAGCUAUUCGCCCGUUUUGAUCGAUUGGCCGAGAAAUACCAACAACUACGUAUAAAAAUUCUAGGUGACUGUUACUAUUGCAUUAGCGGAGCUCCCGACGAAAGACCGGAUCAUGCUGUCCUCUGUGUGCAUAUGGGUUUGUCGAUGGUUAAGGCAAUCAAGUAUGUGCAACAAAAGACCAAUUCACCUGUUGAUAUGAGAGUUGGAAUACAUACGGGCGCUGUCUUGGCCGGUAUAUUGGGCCAACGACAAUGGCAAUUUGAUGUCUAUUCAAAGGAUGUUGAGCUGGCCAAUAAAAUGGAAUCAAGCGGAAAGGCUGGACGUGUCCACAUUUCUGACAAAACGUUGGCAUAUUUGAAUGGUGAAUUUGAAGUUGAGCCCGCAUAUGGAGAGAAACGUGAAGAAGCCCUACGAAUUGCCGGUCUAAAGACAUAUUUCAUAGUAAAAGUACUGAAACCUUUUGCCUCACCCAGUGCUAAGAAAAUCAACGAAACCCAAACGAAUGGAGGCAACAACGAUAACGAUGAUACCCUAGAUGAAGAGCUACUUGCCACGGAGCGAAAUAAAGAGGAUGCCGCAAAGGAAAGCGAUGAAACGGAAGUGUCUGAUAAAGCUGCCUUGUUCAAGGAACAGCUGCACAAUGUUCUACGGGAUCGGGAUUAUUAUGCGCACUUGGAUCAGGAUACUGACUUCCUGCUUAAAUUCAAAGCGAAAGAAUCUGAAGAGGAUUAUGCAUCGUAUAGAGAACCCUAUUCAUCAUUGCCUCUGAUUGCCGCAUUGAUAGUACAAAGUGUUGAUAUAUUUUAUUCAUUUUUAAUAUUACCAAGAUCUCCGCUGCAUUUUGUGAAUAUAGCAGCCCCCUUAAUACCCAUAUUUAUGCUAGUCUUCAUAAGUGUGGCCGAAAGUUUUCCCGGCCAUUUGCCCGACUUCUUUGUUAGCAUUAGCAAACGUUAUAAUGAUUUUACAUUGGUGCGUGAAUUGACAGCUGUCAUAAUUGUCUUGACUCUGGGUCUAAGCAAUAUUAUAGAUGAGUAUUUCUUUGUGGCCUAUAUUAAAUCGGAGCACAUUGUCACCGAAAGUGUAUUCAAUAAAACGCAGAGUGAAGAGGAUUUCUUGGUUGCCGAACCGAUGAUUGAUGCUACGCCAGAACCCUUGGAUAAUAUUAUGUAUCCAUCGUAUUUGAGCAAUUUUAGUGUUCUAAUUCUUAUUGCCACCACGGUUAUAGCUCAGCUAACACACUAUGUUAAAAUUAUAUUGUUAAUUUUAAUAACAGGCCUCCACUGGUAUUUCAAUAUAUAUGUGCUCAAUGAUUUGUAUGCUCUAGAAGAUGAUUUGGCUUAUAAUCCAAUAGUGCCAACUUGUCACGUGAUGUCAGUGUCGUUGGUUUUAAUCACCCUCUCCUUGGGCUUCUGGGCAAGACAUAUGGAUCGUGAAGAUCGUGUCAUAUUCAAAUGGAAACUUCUAGUCUCGGAACAAAAGGAGAGGGCCGAUGAUAUGCGUCGUCGUAACGAAGCGUUGGUCUACAAUGUCCUACCCGUUCACGUGGCCGAACAUUUUAUGAAGAAUACAAAACGUUCUCAUGAUGAUUUAUACUCACAGAGUUAUUCGGAAGUUGGUGUGCUCUUUGCCAGUAUGCCGAAUUUUUCAGAUUUUUAUUCCGAAGAGACAGUGAAUAAUCAAGGUUUGGAAUGUUUGCGAUUCCUUAAUGAGGUUAUAUCCGACUUUGAUGCGCUCCUAGAACUUCCACAAUUUCAAGAUAUUAUCAAAAUAAAAACUAUCGGUUCCACGUAUAUGGCAGCAAGUGGCAUCAAUUUAAAUCGUGAUAUUAAACCGGGCGAUCCGAUAACAAAGCGUUGGGCUCAUUUAGAUCUGUUGGUGGAAUUUGCGCUGGAGCUUAAGAAAACCCUACAAGAUAUCAACGAACAAUCGUUUAAUCAUUUUGUAUUGAAAAUGGGUGUAAAUCAUGGACCCAUAACGGCUGGUGUUAUUGGGGCACGAAAACCACACUAUGAUAUUUGGGGUAAUACGGUAAAUGUGGCAUCACGCAUGGAAAGUACGGGUAAAGCUGGUGCUAUACAGGUCACGGAGGAGACAUGCAAUAUUUUACAAGAAUUUGGCUAUUCAUUUCUGCAGAGAGGUCUGGUUACGGUCAAGGGCAAAGGUGAACUGAUGACAUAUUAUUUAAGAGGUAAGUUUUUGUAA